AUGGUUGAACGUUUAAAUGGUGUCGUGGCUGAUGUGCCUACACCGAGAAACAGGGAUGGCACAAUCAACUUGGAUAUCGUUCAAGUCAUCGUUGAUCGCAUGGUAAAUGCUGGCGUUAGUGCAAUCUUGGUGGUAGGUAAAGUAGGAGGAUUUGAAGAACCUGAUUGUGUGGACUUUGACUCAUCUGAGCAUAAAAAAGUCGUCAACGCAUAUCUAGAAGCCGCAAAGGGAAGAAUUCCAAUCAUCGCAGGUCUUCAUCCUGUUUUACACGACUUUAUCGAUGAAUGGUGUCAAGGCUAUGAAGCUUUAGGUUGCCAUGCUAUUAUGUUCAUGUUUGGAUCAAUCGGAUUGGAUUUCUUCGAAUCGCAUCAAGAGAUUGAAAAUAUGGACACUCCCCUGAUGUAUUGCUCGUGGAAUUUGCAAAGUGAAGGCAAGACAUUCAGUAGGUUUGAAGACGUGGCUUACGGCAAUGAUGCGACUGUCUUUGAUGAAAAUUAUCGAAUGGAUUUCACAACAAAGGCGCAAUCAGGAAUACGAUACAAAAAUCGAACUUUCAAUGGUACGGAUCUAUUAUGCUUCUCUGCUUUGGCAUUAGGAGCGCCAGGUAUAAUUUCUGGAAUGGCAGCAAUCCUACCACAACAUUGCGUCGAGCUGUAUCGAACAUUUACAAUCGAAAAAGAUUUGGAAAAAGCACGUAAGCAAUGGGAAUACUUAUGGAAGCUAGCGAAAUUCUUGGAAAGCGUCGAUUAUGCUGCAGGUGUCACAGCAGCCCUGCGAGCUAUUGGUAUCGAUACUGAACUAGACCGCGAAGUAGAUGAUGUAUUAGAUGUAGGCGAAAUGAAACGUUUACGCCUUAUCCUCGACAAGCGCACAACUUCCAAAUCUGACGAAGACUACGAUACUAGCACCAUCUCUGCUCUCUAAAAAGUCGUGCGAAGCUGUAAAUUACGAAGUAUGACCCAAUACAUAACUAGAAAACAAGCGUGUAUUCUUUCUUUCUUUCAAUCCACUUAGAGUUCCUUUGACCGUGAAGAUUAGGGCAGGUGUCUAUUCAGCAGUAAGGUAUGGCAGAGUUCAAAGGCCUCAUUCUUUGGAAAGAUUGACGUCAGU